AUGUGCUCUUUUGGUACUGUAGACAUGGUUGAGCCCUUUCUCAAAUGCGGCAUUGACGUUAAUGAAACGGAGGUAUUGGAUGGCAAGACGUACAUUCGCCAUGCCGCUAGAAAAGGGAACCUGGAGAUUCUCCUGAGGCAACUAAAUCACGAAAGUCACAACGCUUUAUAUGCCGCAAUAGGCUGGGAAGCCCAUCUCCCUCCUGUUAUCGCACCUCUAUUAGAGUAUAGCUUAGAGCUAGUAGAUGCAAUAAAGAACAGAAAACCUUACCUUAAACAGCUAUUAGAUGCCAGCCUCGCUCUUAAAUGUGAACCGGCAAUGUGGUUUCGGUAUUACACCAUUGGAACUGGCAACCAUCAACUUGGGGCUUCCACACCCACGGGCGAGAACUCGAAGUUUGACAUACAUGCAUAUUCUGCCCCAGGACGGGAGAGGUGUCAGCCUCGAUACAGACCAGAAAUUGUACGAUUGUAUCGUCAGAGCACUUAA